CUCCCGGACGGCAAGGAUGUGAGGCUGGCGAGCCGGCUGCCGCGCACAGGAUCGGACGCUGCAAAGAAGGGCAAUCAAUCCAGGACAGCCGGGAGCGGAGCGCGGCUUCCCCGGGAGCGAACAUGAGGUAGCGGCGUCUCUGAGCCGACAUGCGCGCGCCCCGCCCUCGGAGCCCCGCUCUGCCCAAGCGGCGCCGGCCGGGACAGUGAGCUCCGGCCCGAGCGGGAUGCAGUGAGCGGCGCGGUCGCUGCGCGGGGCCCAAGGGCCACCCGGACUCCGUCACCCUCGGUCAGCUGCCAAUCUUGGGACCUGCCCCGCAGCGGCACGCACUCUCCAACAGCCCUUGCGGGUGGGGUGUCUGGCCCCUGGGCGGGCUGUAGCAGAGUCCCCGAGGUUCCCGGCCGGGGCCCGAGGUGCCGGGUGCGGGCCUGAUCGCCGUCUCCGGAGAGUUCCUGCGACUCGGCGCCUCAUCCAGGCUGCGCGGUCGGGGCGCCCCUAUUUAUCUACAUGGGCGCAUUUGGGCUUUUUCGGAGACAUUUUCCGCUCCACACUCCUUCCCCUUUCUCUCGUGCUGUCGUUCGCCUGAGACUUGCCCUCGUUCUUAUCUAAACCGGGGUGAUACUGUGCGCGCGCGCGCUCCGGCGCCCUCAACCCCCUUUGCACCCUCGAAGCUAAAUAUUUUUUUCUCUCUUAAAAACUGGACUCCAUCUCCUGUGGAGUGCCCAAGUACCCUCGGUCCCCCUCUGCCUGCUCCCCAGGGCCGCUCCCAGCAGAGUUUUAUUUUUCAAUCUUGCCCAGGCCAAGCCCGGCCGGGGCUGGUGGCUCUGCGGGGCUCUGCCGCGCCGCCCAGCCACGCCGGGGCGCCCUUCGGAGAUGCUGCCGUGGAAGAGGCACAAGUUCGAGCUGUUGGCCGAGGCGCCGCCGCGGCAGGCGUCCAAGCCCAAGGGCUACGCCGUGAGCCUGCAUUACUCUGCGCUCAGCUCGCUAGCGCGCGCCUGCCCCGAAGGCGCACUCAGCCGCGUGGGCAGCAUGUUCCGCUCCAAGCGCAAGAAGCUGCACAUCACCAGCGAGGACCCCACGUACACCGUGCUCUAUCUGGGUAACGCCACCACCAUCCAGGCGCGCGGCGACGGCUGCACCGACCUGGCGGUGGGCAAGAUCUGGAGCAAGAGCGAGGCGGGCCGCCAGGGCACGAAGAUGAAACUGACGGUGAGCGCGCAAGGGAUCCGCAUGGUGCACGCGGAGGAACGCGCGCUGCGCCGCCCGGGCCACCUCUACCUGCUGCACCGCGUCACCUACUGCGUGGCGGACGCGCGACUGCCCAAGGUCUUUGCCUGGGUGUACCGGCACGAGCUGAAGCACAAGGCGGUGAUGCUGCGCUGCCACGCCGUGCUGGUGUCCAAGCCUGAGAAGGCACAGGCCAUGGCCUUGCUGCUGUACCAGACGUCGGCCAACGCGCUGGCGGAGUUUAAGCGCCUCAAGCGGCGGGACGACGCACGCCAUCAGCAGCAGGAGCUGGUAGGGGCGCACACUAUCCCCCUGGUGCCGCUGCGCAAGCUGCUGCUGCACGGACCUUGCUGCUACAAACCCCCGGUGGAGCGCAGCCGCAGUGCCCCCAAAUUGGGCUCCAUCACCGAGGACCUGCUUGGCGAGCAGCAAGAGCAGGAGGAGGAGGAGGAGGAGCACCUGCAGGGCUGCCUGGAAGAGGAGGACGAGGAAGAGAACGACGGCGAAGAAGAGCAGGACCGUGAGAGGCAGCGGGACCCAGCGCAGGAGGGUGGCGAUGAGCAGAGCGCACUGGUGGUGGCCAUGCACUUAGAGUGCGGGGACUUGCUGGACACAGUGCAGAAUGGCCACGAGGAGGCGCUGGGCGGCGGGGCUGGGAUGCCAAUUCAGCUGCCAGAUGAAGGUGCCUCCUCUGAUAUGAAGGCCCAGUUGUCGCAACUGAUUAGCGACCUGGGCGAGCUCAGCUUUGGCAACGAUGUACGCACCCUGCAGGCAGACUUGCGGGUAACGCGCCUGCUGUCCGGCGAGAGCACGGGCAGCGAGAGCUCUAUUGAGGGCGGGGGCCCCGACGCCACCUCAGCCACCGCCGGCAACCCGGUCGGCGCCACCGACAGCAGUGCCAGCCCCAACCCCGACGCGCCCCACUCGGGCUGAGCUCCAGCGGACUCUGCCGUGCGCUCCCAGCACCCGACAGUGACUCCUCAACCGCGGUCCCAACGACCUCCCUCUCCCCAAUCCACCCCAGGAAAGGGGAACCGGGAUGCCUGCCUCGGCCGGGGAGGGCAGGAUUGGAGUUCUCCAUGGUUGCUUCCUCCCCAACCUGCACCGCUACACUCUGGCUGCUCCGUUUGAGGUGGCUCAGAUUGCUCGCGGAGAUGUGGGGAGAUGAAAGAGAAAACCCUAAAAGUAGAGGGAAGCCCUGUAGGGUGGGGAGGAGGAGAGGCUGCUGAAGGAUUGGAAAAGUCCGGCCAGGCAGCCAGUUUCCUGUUUGUGAGGCCGCGGGGCCGCGAGGGGCGGGUUUAACUUCCUCCGACCCCCGCCCUGCCGGCCGCUCUGCACUGUCAUUGACACCUACUUUAAAAAGUCGCGGUCACAACAUCAAGCCUUUAAUACCACCCCAAACCCCAGUUCUUUUUUUGGUGUUAAGAGCUUGGGCUGUUUAUCUUCGACUCAGAGUCUUGAGAAUCUGCCAAAUUCCUCAAAUAAUUGUUUGGGGAGUGGGUCAUGAAAGAAAGUUGCAUUUUGUUUACAAAGACAUCUAAUACCUUUCAAAAAGGAGUUUUCCUUUAGAAACACACAUCUUCCUCCCCUUGCCCCAACGAUCUCACUCUGUGAUGCUGUGUAAAAUAUUUUUGCACUGUUGUGAAAUAUUUUUGACUUUUUUUUGUACAUAACUGUGUUCUCAGAGCUGAAUGUUUAUAUAUCUCUUUUGCUGUGCAAAAGAAACAUGUAAAAUGUUGUUCAGUUGUAUAUACAGAAAUGUGGAUAAAACAUUUUGUUAUUUUUGGAGUUGCAUGGUUCUGGUUCUGUUGGCACACAGGUGGGGACUGCAAUAAAGAGGAUGAUGUCACACAGCA